AUGCUCAAUGCCCGUACGUCGCACACUCACCCUCCCCUGGGUCGCACACUCUCAUUCCCCUUCGUCACCACCUCUCCUCCCUCUCCGCCUCCCAUUACACAUUUCCGCAAAUUGUGGCAUCAGCACCUGGGUUUCAAGAGAUUUUUCUGUCCCCUCUUGUUCCCAACCCCCCAACCCGUCCCAUCCCUCAUCGCCCCAUCCCUUAUCGCCCCAUCCCUUAUCGCCCCAUCCCUCAUCGCCCCAUCCCUCAACGCCCCAUCCCUCAUCGCCCCAUCCCUCAUCGCCCCAUCCCUCAUCGCCCCAUCCCUCAUCGCCCCAUCCCUCAUCGCCCCAUCCCUCAUCGCCCCAUCCCUCACCUCCUUGCAACAGUGCCGUAUCCAGAACUUGGAGGCUGAUUCUGUUAAGCUUCAGGCCUUGAUUGAGCAGCUGACCAGGGAGGUACAGUUGAUCCCUAAGGAAAACGACACCUCCAGCUUCAUUCACGACCUGCAGACCACUCUCCAGUUCGUGCAGGAUCAGCUCAAGAAGCAAGAGAAAAACAUCUCUGUGCUUCAGGCUCAGUACAGGGAGAUCCGGCGUGGCAACCUCUAUCAGCCUGCUCCUGCAGCAGAGCGAGUCGCCAAUGCCGCUAACAGCCAUGCUGCACCUACUGCUGCACCUCCUGUCGUUCCUCCUCCUUCUAGAGCACGUGCUGAGCCUCCUGCUGCAGCUGCAAAUGCCUUUGGCUCCUGCCCUUCGGCCCUGCCUCGUUUUGUCCAUGGCAAAACUGACGUUGAGACUUGGCUCUCCAUUGCGGAGGACUUUAUGUCCAUCCACAAUGUGCGUAGCGAGGCUCGCGUGGUCGCUGCGACCCUUGCCCUGGACGACACUGCGAGCAAGUUGGUGUAUGCCAACAAGCGCCACGCAGAGGCUAAUGGCCAUCCUUUUGGCUGGGAGGAGUUCAAAGCUGCCAUGCUGGCGGCAUUCCUGAGUCAGCCCCCGGCGCUCGAGGUGCGUAGCCGCCUGGAGAACAUCCAGUGCGGUGACCAGCCUGUACGCGAGUACGCCAAGGAGUUUGAGAAAACUUUGUCGCUGCUGAAGACUGCUCUUCCUGAGAGCGAGGUCAUCCACCAGUUCUUCAAGGGACUCCCUGAGCACAUCAAGCGUGUGCAUGUUGUGCGCGGGGAGCACUAG